AUGGCGGAGUACUUGGCCUCCAUCUUCGGCACCGAGAAAGACAAAGUCAACUGUUCAUUUUAUUUCAAAAUUGGAGCAUGUCGUCAUGGAGACAGAUGCUCUCGGUUGCACAAUAAACCGACCUUUAGCCAGACCAUCUUGAUUCAAAACAUCUAUCGUAAUCCCCAAAACAGUGCACAGACGGCUGACGGCUCACACUGCGCUGUCAGCGAUGUCGAGAUGCAAGAACAUUAUGAUGAGUUCUUUGAGGAGGUUUUCACAGAAAUGGAGGAGAAGUAUGGGGAGGUGGAGGAGAUGAACGUCUGUGACAACCUCGGAGACCACCUCGUGGGGAACGUGUAUGUCAAGUUUCGCCGUGAAGAAGACGCGGAAAAGGCUGUGAUUGACUUGAACAACCGCUGGUUUAAUGGCCAGCCAAUCCACGCCGAGCUCUCCCCCGUGACCGACUUCAGAGAAGCCUGCUGCCGCCAGUAUGAGAUGGGGGAGUGCACGCGGGGCGGCUUCUGCAACUUCAUGCACCUGAAGCCCAUCUCCCGGGAGCUGCGACGGGAGCUGUAUGGGCGCCGGCGCAAGAAGCAUAGAUCGCGGUCCCGCUCCCGGGAGCGUCGCUCUAGGUCCCGAGACCGCGGUCGCGGCGGCGGAGGUGGCGGUGGCGGAGGACGGGAGCGCGACAGGAGGCGGUCGAGAGACCGGGAGCGGUCUGGGCGAUUCUGA